AUGUUUCUUUGGGAGAGUCCCGAAGUUUUGCUGUUCGCAGCUUGCUUCACAUUGAGAGGUUAUGCCGAUUUACGCUCACGCUACAAUGAGUUUAUGGAGGAGUUGAUCGCUAUGAAUCAUAUGGAACCCGUAUGCACCGCAGCUAGUCAGGCAUAUUAUAUGCAACAUCACCAAAUUAUAAAGGAGUCGAGUGUGACCACGAAGCUGAGGGUCGUUUUCAACGCUUCCGCCAAAACCACUGCUGGGAAAUCGCUCAACGAUGUGUUAUUCGUCGGGCCACAACUGCAGCCAGAUUUAUAUUCAAUUUUGAUGCGUUUCAGAACGCACCGCUUUGCUGUAACGGCGGAUAUAGCAAAGAUGUACCGGCAGAUUUGCGUAUCAUCAAAGCACGUUGACCUACAACGAAUCGUCUGGCGUCGUGACCCGUCAUUACCAAUUCAAGAUUUUCGAAUGUUACGCGUUACGUAUGGAGUGACAGCUGCAUCCCAGUUGGCAGUCAAAUCACUGCAACAAACUGCUAAGUGUUCGCUCAAAAGUUGUGAAAAAGCUGUUGCCGUCAUCCUUAAGGCUUUUUAUAUGGAUGACCUGCUAACUGGGGCAUCGUGCGAUAACGAGCUCAAAUUGUUGCAAAGGAAUGUUUCUGAGAUCCUAAGCGAAGGGGGCUUCGAACUUCGUAAAUGGGCGUCUAACUGA